UUCAGAAAAGUGUCGAAAAGUUGUCCAAAAGCCUCACCAGCAGGUCCGAGCACGACUGCGACGAAUUAAAAAAAAAAACAAAAAAAAAACAGCCCCAGCAAAAAAUAGAUACCCACGGAUUUGUUCGGGACUUGUCUGUGUGUUUCCCUGCCUCGGACAGAGAGCUGUAACCUGCUUCUCCAUUUUUAAAGCCCUCCUCAGCUCCACUGUAAAUAGACAAAACAACAAAAUGACAACACAUUUCAGGAGCGGCCCAGCCUUCGGACUUUCUGCCGAGGUCAAGAGUAAGCUGGCAGGGAAGUACGACCCCCAGAAGGAAGAGGAGCUGAGGCUGUGGAUUCAGGAUGUGACCGGCAAAAAGAUCGGGGACAACUUCAUGGAGAGUCUGAAAGAUGGAGUCCUGUUGUGCGAACUCAUUAAUGUUCUCCAGCCAGGUUCUGUGAGAAAGAUCAACAAAUCCAGUCAAAACUGGCACCAGCUGGAAAACAUAGGGAAUUUUGUCCGUGCGAUCACAGAGUACGGCCUGAGGCCAGAUGACAUCUUUGAGGCCAACGAUCUGUUUGAGAAUGUCAACCACACUCAAGUCCAGUGCACACUCAUGGCUCUGGCUGGAAUGGCCAAGUCCAAAGGUUUCCACUCCAAGUACGACUUAGGGGUGAAGUACGCUGAGAAACAUCAGCGCCGCUUCGCUCCAGAGAAGCUCAGGGAGGGACGUAACAUCAUAGGCCUGCAGAUGGGCACCAACAAGCUUGCCAGCCAAAAGGGCAUGACCUCUUACGGCACACGACGCCAUCUGUAUGAUUCCAAGAUGGCCAUGGACAACCCACUGGACCAAUCUACUAUCAGCCUACAGAUGGGCACCAACAAGGGAGCCAGCCAGGCUGGCAUGACAGCCCCGGGAACUAGGAGGCACAUCUUUGACAAGAAGUUGGAGCUGGAGAACUGUGACACCACCACCAUCUCUCUGCAGAUGGGCACCAACAAAGUGGCCUCCCAGCAGGGCAUGACCACCUACGGCCUGCCCCGCCAGGUCUACGACAACAAGUACUGCACCAACCCCACCGAGGUCCACUAUAACAACGGGAGUGAGGUGGAGUUUGAUGGCUACAACCAGUACUCUGACUAACUAAACCACAGACAGCCUCACCCCCUUCCUCCUCUUUGCUUAACUCCAGACAACCAACCACAACUGUCUUUGUGACGAGCAAACCCUCCAGACUGUUAUUUAACACUGAUUGACGUCAUACUUUUACAACAUACUUUUACUCUUAGGAAUUUAUUGUUUGUCUUUCCAUGAGUUAAAGAGAAAAAUAAUGUUUACACUGACCUUACGUCAAAAAUGUCAUGCAGUGGCCAACUUCUGUAUCUCAUUGUUUUGAUGAAUUUUAUUACUGCUAAAAAUACCCAAACACUCAGAAGUUGAGAUUUAAUGACUUUUGCUAUUUAUAGAUUUAUUUUUUUUUUUUACAGCUUACUUGCAUUGUAAUUAGAGAUUUAUAACUGUUUAUACCCCUCUCCUCACCUCCCUACCCUUCCAAUCCAGUUUGAACACUGACGAAGCAUAAUUUAAAAGUUCCUUGAAAGGAAACAAGUGACCGUGUUGGUGCUAUAGAACUUUGACCCAGUUGGAACAGAGGCCACGUCCACAUCGGAGCCCCCGCAGGCUCUAGGAUUCCACACCUCGGGAAGACAGAGAAGUUCCGGGUCCAUAGACUGACCGGGGCGGAUGAUGCAGGAGGACUUGUAGCUGUGUGGGGAUUGCUUUGUUUUGUGAGCACUUGCGCUGACAAAUAGUCAUGUUCACAAGCCUGCCGAACUACCCAUCACGCUAUUUUUUUACGGGACAUGGCUUGUGUGCAGCACGAGUCUUUGGUUUUUGAAGAAGUAUUUAGAAAAAGUAGAGGGGUCUGUCAGACAAUGCUUUUAUAAAAUAGAAGAGCAAAUGUAGGUGUUGUCAUAUAUAUAGUUUGAAGUUGGGGUACACUUAGUCACCAGUAGUUUUUGUCCUGUUUUUUCUUCCAUCCUUUCGGAAACGUUUCGCUUUAUGCCUCAGUGAACUUUGGCUUUAGUGCUGUUGCUCCAUUUGCCCGUUACCUGGCUUCACCUUGUGUGCAGUAAACAGUGGUGGAAUGUAACUAAAGUACAGUAUUUGAGUAAAUGAACAAAUUUGAGGUACUUUACUUGAGUAUUUCCAUUUGAUGCCACUGUAUACUUCCACUACAAUUCAGAUGGUAAUAUUAUAGUACAGUUUACUCCACUACAAUUAUGUCAGUUAUAGUUACUUUGAAUGACAAACAAAUGAGUUUAUAAAACAUGUAAGUAUAGGUAAUAAUAAUAUAAUAAUUGAGUAUUUUGACUUUUCAUACUUUCAGUACAUUUUGCUAAUAAUGCUUACAUACUUUUACUUCAAAUGCAGGACUUUUACUUGUAAUGGCGUAUUUUUAAAUUGUGGAAUUGCUACUUUUACUCAAGUAAAGUAAGAGUACUUCAUCCACCACUGUCAGUAAAUGGCAAUAUCAAAGUAGACCCUGGCGCUUGCUGAUAAGUGCUCAAUGAAUCAUGCCAAAUAUAGAGAUGAGAUUCUCGUUUUGAUUUUUCUGCGUCAUACUGUUAACCCACCAAAUGUCUUGAAUGUAAUGUUAUUGUAAGGUCAGAGGUGCCAUUAGCUUUAGCUGUCACAGGAUUCAUUUUCAACACAUUUAAAGGGCAGAAAUGUACAUUUACAAAGUUAGAAACAGAGGAGGCUCGGGCACUUGUGGUCUGGUGUUACACAGCAAAACUUCUGCAUUUCUUUGUAAAAUAUUCAGAUUUAUUUUCUGAAUUACUGUCAGAAUUAGCUGUUAAAUAAGCUUCAUGUUUGUGUUCAUGUGCUGAAUGGGUCAACAGAUUGGAGCUCUUGAACUGUUGUCAGUCAGCAACAAAGGCGGCACAGCCAUGAUUUAGGACAUGGAGCAGUGUGCCAUCUAGUGGGGACAAAGCACAUGGACAUUUACUGUAUUUUCAACCCAUCAAAAGUCUAAACAUUCUUUUUAUUCAAAUCAAAUGUAGGAAUGUAGUUUUUUUUUAACAGUGCAUUCAUUUAGUAUCAUUUCUUCCCUGUGAUAUCCAGAAUGGCAACAAUGUUGAGUAAAUGUAUAGUAACGUUUCACCUUAAUGUGUUGGCUUUGUUUCAGCAUUGUUCAAACUUUCCAUCUUUGCUAACCUCUUGGAUUUUUUUUUUUCAAUGCCUUUCACUAAACAUGACAUUUGUGCAAUAAAAUACACUUGAAAAAUA